GAGUGUGUGUAUAUGGCGACGUGCGAUUUAGUUUCGUAUGUGUACGUAUAUAUACAUACAUAACUACGUAGGACAAGGUGUUUCUCUUUCACUUGCUGUUGUAUGUAUAGUAAACAUAAAAGUAGAAGAAGAAAAAUGUGCAUUGAGUCAAGCGUGACUUUAAAAUACCCGACUGUACACUAGCGGUAACAGAGCGUAACGCCACUACAUUGUGAACUUACCCGUAAACACGACUAGGUUACGCAAGUUGGACGGAACAGGGAAGUAAUCUAAGUCCGUGGUGUUAUGUGAAAUAGACUGAGUGAAAUUACACAAACCAACUGUCGUGUUCAAAAUGGACAUACCAACAGCAGUAGUACUCCUGCAAGGUUUGGUAACUUGUUCCUUAACUUCCGCUUAUUCGUCGACUUAUUGCGAGAGGCAGGAUGGAACUGAGCUACACGUGUACUGUAACUAUGGUUGCUGUGGUAACCUUUCCUUGGCAAUGCCGUGCUGCGGGGAAAACGAAGACAGUUCAUCCUCUAUGCCUCCGUUCAGCGUAUUCUUCUAUGCCCUCACUAUCUUCAUCCUGUUUCUCCUGAUCGUGUGUUGUGUGGGCAGAGUGGCUCGGUUGAAGAAUCGACAGCCAUCUACAACAAUGCCAGGAAGACGCCUCUCCGAUCGACAUAGCUCACAGAGAGUCCCGUCAGACCUCCGACGUACAUUAGUGAUAGCUACCAUAGAAAAUUUGAUAAGAAUUGGUCGGCAGUCAAGUGCGUCCAAUCAGAAUAUGGAGGAACCAAACCAUCCAAUCACAGACGUUCCUUUAUCCCCACCGUCUUACGAUGAUGCCAUUAAAACCCCGCCCCCAGAACUUCCACCACCAUAUUCAGAAGUUGUCAAUGAAAAUGCCAUUAUUACCCCAUCUAUUAGUGAUCAAAGAUACAUAUAGUUGUGUUUCUGAAACGUCUGUCAUGUUUGUAUCACCAGUAUCAUUGACGUGAGGAUAUAUUCAAUUCAGUUGGAUAACCACAUGACAUCACGCUGGAAUAUAUAUGUGAUCUUUUACUCUGCAUCGGUUGUUAACAGUGAUUUUAACAACUUUUUUGUUUGACGAGACCAUUAUCAUGUAGCAGUUAUCCAUCUUACGGUGUGGCCAUAGCAUCAUACGACCCUUUCCUCAUUUCAGCAUCAUAACUACCUACACAAAUAUCUUGACCACUUCCGCAAACAUCUUGACCACUUCCACAAACAUCUUGACCACUUCCACAAACAUCUUGACCACUUCCACAUUUUGAUUACUUCACCAACAUCAUAACUACUUUCUUUAACAUCAUGACCACUCCCUCAAACACUCCCCAAUGUCAUUACCAAUGAAUUCCCCAUCUUCACAAACACUCCCCCAAUGUCACAACCACUCCCUAAACACUAUAUUACUCCUGAAACAUCAUAACCACCAUCCCACACAUCCCAAUCCCUGAUAUCAUAAUCAUUCCCGAACAUCCUAACCACUCUCACAACAUCAUAACUACUAUACCAACAUCUUAUCCGCUCCCCCAUAUCAUAGGCACUCCCUAAAUAUCAUUGCCACUUCACCAAUACCAUAACCAAUCCCCAGCAUCAUUGCAACUUCCCCAAAAUCACAAUCAAUUCCCAACAUCAUAACCACUCCCCCAAUAUCACAACCACUCGCUCAAUAUCACAACCAACAUCAUUACCCCUCCCCCAAUAUCACAACCACUCGCUCAAUAUCACAACCAACAUCAUAACCACUCGCUCAAUAUCACAACUACUCGCUCAAUAUCACAACCAACAUCAUAACCACUCCCCCAAUAUCACAACCACUCGCUCAAUAUCACAACCAACAUCAUAACCACUCGCUCAAUAUCACAACUACUCGCUCAAUAUCACAACCAACAUCAUAACCACUCCCCCAAUAUCACAACCACUCGCUCAAUAUCACAACCAACAUCAUAACCACUCGCUCAAUAUCACAACUACUCGCUCAAUAUCACAACCAACAUCAUAACCACUCCCCCAAUAUCACAACCACUCGCUCAAUAUCACAACCAACAUCAUAACCACUCGCUAUCACAACCAACAUCAUAACCACUCUCUCAAUAUCACAACCACUCGCUCAAUAUCACAACCAACAUCAUAACCACUCGCACAAUAUCACAACCAACAUCAUAACCACUAGCUCAAUAUCACAACCACUCGCUCAAUAUCACAAACGCUUCCCCGAUUUUAUAACCGCGCCCCAAUUUCGCAUUCAAUUCCAGAAUAUUAUAACCACACCCCAAUAUAAAAUAAACUCCCUUAUGUCUAAAACCACUCACCAAACAUCAAAACCACCCUACCAAAAUCACAAUAAUUUCCCUAAUAUCAUCACCUAUUCCCAAAUAUUAUAUUAUUCCGAACACUUCACAACCAUUCAUCAACCAACAUCCUAAUCACUCCUCCGAUAUCAUAACCACUCCCCAGACAUCGUAACCCCUCCCUCCAAAAACAUUAAAAUCACUCCCUAAACAUCAUAACAACUCCCUAAACAUCAUAACAACUCCCUAAACAUCAUAACCACUCCCUCAAUAUCAUAACCACUCCGGGGAUCCUUGGACCAUUAUAGAUGCUGGCAAUGUUCUACGCCACAUAUCAUCUUCCCUUCAACAUUACGAUUCCUCCCUCAACGAUGAUUACACGUGAGCUCAUCCUUAACAUAUUAUCGCGCAUACGUUUAAGGUGCACCUUCCUGUGAUAUAUCUCCCUUUUUCCAAGGGUCACUCUCCCUAACGUCAAUAUUAACACUAUUCCAUUUGAAAUUGCACUGUACUGAUUAAGUACAGUUACAGUACAGAUAUACUAUCGCCACAUAUCCAACUGGCUUUUCAUUAAGCUAUGUGAUGAUCAGUUACGUUAUUUAUCGUUACGCAUUAUAGCUUAAGACUUACUUUGACUUAUAUUGAAUAUGACUAUGUUUUGUUAUGCAAAUAUUUUUUUAUAUAUGUAUAUGUAUAUAUUGUUUAUAUUAUCUAUGCUAUUUUGGUGCUAUAACAAUCAAAAGGAACACACCUUUCUUUGUUUUGGAUGCAAAACUCAUAUCUGACAUCGAAUGAUGAAUCAUGCUUGUUAAUACACGAUGUACGGUUUUCUUAAUUUUACACACACGUUUCACUAUGCAAUAUGAAUUCUGUUUGCUAUUAACAUAUUUUUUAAAUUUGAACUUUUUCAAUGUCUGUAUAUCUGAUCUGAACAAGCUUGGUUAACAAACUUUUGUACAUAAAAUAUGGCUGCAUGUUCUGUCCUGUAUUCGCUGUAACGUGAAAAACGGACCCCUGUAAAAAACACUACCUGUUAAAAUCUGAACUGGCCCGGAAUAUGGUUAAGUCAACGUAGAGUUUGGACUCCGGAUAGUUUUUUUAUGAGGUGACUUUUUCACGUCGAUGUUCGUCUUCUAUAGUUCAUUCGUUCGAUCUCAUAUAAUGUUAUAUCCCAUGAUGCACUUGUGUACUGUUCAUCGUCAUGAAAUUAUAUUCCAUGGUUCAUUGACUGUAAUGACUGGAAAGCAAUACAGCCAACCCUGAGCGAGAUCUUUCUCCAUAAACAUGCAGUGCCAUGUUAAGAUGGCGGGUAACGUAGAACUGCUGGGAUAUUGGGACGCGUGAUUUGUGUCAGUCCUAUAUAAACAGGGCCCUGAAAUAAUGCUACAGAUAGUGUUUAUCUCGGUUUGUUGAAAUGUCGCUUGUCUCUGUGAAUGUCAAUUAUAUAUAGGGAACAUUUUAUAAUGAACAGUAAUUCAGAAAUUCCUUCCGGAAGUCGCCUCUGUUCUCAUAAACAACGAAUAUGCAAAUCUGUCUACCCACUAUUGUUGGAUGACGAGAUGGGUGAUGUGCCACCUAGAUGUUCAGGGUAAACAAGGACAGGUUCGUGCUUGGGGUAAGUCCGACCAUCCCUGAUAUAUUUUGGCAUUGAGCACAUUUUUACCAUUUUGUGGAUCUUAGCAGUUUAUUCGACUUAGCGGGACAUUUACAUGAUAAAAGGUACAGAAAAUGCCAUUAAAAAAUACUAAAAGUGAGAUGGUUACUUUUGCGAGGAUAGAGGAAAAUUAUAAACCGAAUUGUUACUUAUUUAAGUGACAGUGGCGAGAAAAUAUGACAUUGCAUGCUUAAUGACGUCAUACUUAUUCUGACUAUAACGUGAACCGAACUUACCCCAGAUUGCCUGUCCGAACCUUCCCCAUGACGAGGUAUGUAAGGCAAUCCAAUAUCAUUGCAGAAAAAAGUGAAAUAAUUCUUCUUUAAAUACAGACAUUUUUGCCCAUUUGUUGUUAUUUUAUUAAAGGCAUGUACAUUCUUUUCCAAAUGGUUAUUAUUUUCACAUAACUUUCAACAAACGCCGUCCUGUCCAUGACGACUUCAAUAAAAAUGAACAUAAUCUGCCGCGGUUUCCUCUUCAAUGCCUGCGCAUAUGGGAUACUUACUUACAAUAACAAAAGGAUUUGAAUAUGAUGCACACAUUCUCGUUCGGAUCGUCCGUAAAACGAUAGUCUGUACUUAUGACUAUCUAAAACCAACAUGGAAGGUCGACCAUACGUUGUUUAUAUUGCGUACCUGAACAGUACUCGUUGAUCGUUCGUGUCGUUUGUCAUUAAUGUCUGUUGUCUCCUCUUUUCCUCAUUAUAACUUUUCUUAACUACCUCCUCGCCUACUUGUCUAAAGAUUACGAAACAUUAAGACUGAAUGCUCUGUUGUACUUAAAUAUACUCAAAAUAUGGACUAAUAUAAUUUAGACAGCGUCCACGAGAAUAUUUUAUCGACCGUUAAAAUAAAGACUUCCGCUUAACGUUGUUUCAUAUUCUUGUUGCCUAUUUUCAUACAAGAACAUCGUACAUUUUCUGUACAAUAUGUACUAUUUCCUUGACUGUUCGAGAAGUCCUUUUUAGUAUUAUCACGCAUUAUAAAUUUAAAGAAACGCCUACAGUGAGACCAUUAUUCUGACGACGUGGGCUGAGAAUUGACUGUUUUUUCUUUAGAAGUUCUAAAGUUAUAAAAACCUGAUACACGGUAGUGUUAUUCCAGGGGUCACCUUGCCGGUUGUCCAACCAUAAAGACAGUGUUUUCGUGCACAGCUUAAGCAUUUCCUUCACAAAUCUAACCCGUUACUCCAGUCGUCGCGAUAGCUCUGAGUGAUCGAGGCUUCACUGUACGAGAUUAAUAGAACUCCCUAAUGUGUUUACAGAUACCAAUCGUCUUGCAUUCAAGUGCUGUAGCAUUAUAGCGUUAUACGUUUGCUGCCAUAUUCUGUGGAUUUGAUAUACUUAAACGCAAAUUGAAAAAUUGCUUUUGUAGAAACCAUAUUUUAUGUACAUAAUAUAUAUUUCAGAUGAAAAACCCAAAUAGAAAAAUGUUUAUGUAGAAUCCAUAUAUUAUGUAAAAAAAAAUCAAAUGAAAAACGCAAAUUGAAAAAUGCUUAUGAAGAAACCAUAUUUUAUGUAAUAUUUUUCUGAUGGAAAACGUAAAUCGAAACCUUUUUAUGUCGAAACUAUAAAUAAUGUGCAUUUUUUCCAGAUGAAAAACGCAAAUUGAAAAUAUUAAUGUCGAGAUCAUAUAUUAUGUAUAUAUUUUGCAAAUGAAAACCGCUAAAGACCUUACUCAUAAUGUGAAAUAUUUUGUUUAAGAUUGAAUAAUCAUGUAUAUACUUGUAUAUGUUAAUAUGUAUUAAUAAUGAACUACCCAUGAGUUAUAUCCAUAGUGGUUUACCUUAGUCUUUCAUAAGUGGAACUUUCAUUAUUUAUUGUAUCCUAUAAAAACUAGAGAAUCAAUAAGUAACUCGAGAAAUGUCAUGACGCCAUGUUCAUCGACACUUUCUAAAUAAAUUGUGUGAGCUUUGGUUCAUUUGAGUCCAGUUGUGUAAAACUUGAUUGGCUAAACGUGUCAUGAUUUCAGUAUCCCAGUACCACUGCCAAAAAUAUAACUAUACAUUGGAAACUUCUCUUUUUCUACAUGGCUAUAACUUGAAAAAUAAUCUCUGAAAGGAAAACUAAUAGUACUUUGCAGGAUGUUUAUGAAAACUUUCAACGAAGACGAUUGUAAGCAAUAAGAUGUAUCAUGCAAUGGGGCAAGGCAGGAUUCGAACCCUAGCUCUCUUACCCAUUAAGCUACCUGGUCAAUGGAAAUAUCCUUGACCAGUUGCGCUACAGUUAACCAAGCGAAACUAUUUGGAGGAAACUAGGUACAAAUAUUUUAGAGCUUAAUUAUCUCGUGAUUUGCCUGCAGUUAUUUUUGAGAAGUGUUUGAAAAUUUGCAUUUUUUUUUUUUUUUUUCUGUCUUGAGGUGAUGAUUUUAAUAUCUGUAGAUGCAAUUUGUUUCAUUGAUUAAAAUUUUGGAUUGAGUUGUCGUGAAUGUAAUCAGGUUUUAGACAUUGCAGUUAUGCAUGUUGUCAGCCCUUUGGUGUUGGGUUUGCAAUUUUGAGUUUGGGCCUAGCAAACAUAAUGUUAACAUGGGCAUAGCAAACAUAAUUUAAACAGAUGCCUUUUACGUAUUACGUGGAUUUUUUGAUUUUUGUAUGAAAACACAUGUAUUAUCUACUCCCACCAAAAUGAGUUCUGAAUUAUAAAUUUUGUUAUUGUUGAUGUUAAAGGAAAACACUUAACAUACUACCAAGUUAUGUUUACCAGACUUCACCACAAUGCACCGCGUUCUGAUGAUGCAUCCUCGAAUUCCACAUUCACUCACCUUUUUUAAUCCUCAAUACUCCAGGAGUUACGCUCACUUACGUUCUCUGCGCCCUUGGGAUAUGUCGUAAAAAAUCAUAGGCUCAGUGUGCGCCACCUUGCGGAUGAUACAAGAAGGCGAGUUUGAUCUUUUGAUGUACAUCAAAAGAAGCCCGCGGUAGCGUAACGAUAAAAUCGACUGGUUUUGAAGUCGGGUAUCGCUCCUCGUUGACCUUCAAAAGAUAUGUUCAUCUAAGCGAUUGGCCAGAUUGUUUUCACCUUCAUUUUGCUAUGACAUAUUCCAGGGGCAGAGAGCGUAACCCCUGGAGUAUCGAGAAUGCCGUUCUUUGCACCCCUGGAAUAUGUCAUUCAAAAGUUGGAGGCUCGGUGUGUACCACCUUGUGGAUGACACAGGAAGGCUGGGCUAGUUCUUUGUUGAAUGCAAGUUUUGCAAUGACAUUGACCCACUUUGAAGUCGGAUGUUGCUCCUCUUUGAUUUUUAAAGGACAGCUAUCGACCUAGCGAUUGGUCAGUGUGUUUUUUUUUUUUUACCUCAGACCAAUCACAUAGCUAGCCACAUGCCUUUACUUUUGCUAUGACAUAUUCCAGAUUGUAGAGAGCGUAAGUGAGCGUAACCUCGGAGUAUCGAGGAUGUGAUAAUCCGACACUGUGUUUGUCAUUGUAUAGAAAGCCAGAAGAGUGUUAUUAUCAAUAUUAGAUUAUUGUAAAAAUGCCAACCAACGUUUAGUAAUUAACAUUUCAGUAAUAUUGAUUUAGGAACAUAAUGGCAUAUUCAUACAUGUAUGCUCAUAAUAUAUAUGCAAAAUAAAUAUGUUAUAAUUUA